AUGGCGAUCAGUAAAGGUCUUAAUUCUGGUGCUAAUGCCUCUACAACUAUAGGUAGAGAAAUCAAUGAAAAUAGGUCUGCUAGGAAAAUAGGCUUUGUUGAUGGUACCAGUUCCAAAAAUAAGUUCCCUACUUCCUUACAUGCUCUCUGGGAGAAGUGUAAUGCCAUUGUUCUUUCAUGGAUCAUGAUCUCUGUUAGUCGUGAACUUCUUAGUGGUAUAGUUUAUGCUAGCAGUGCUCAGCAAGUGUGGAUUGAUCUGAAGGAGAGGUUUGAUAAAGUGGAUGGAUCUCGUAUUUUUUACUUGCAUAAGGAAAUUGCAACACUAUCUCAGGGAAUUUCAUUUAUUUCCACCUAUUACUCCAGACUUAAAGAGCUAUGGAUGGAAUUUGAUUCACUCAUGCCUGUACCUGGUUGUGCAUGUACUGAAUCACAGGCUUAUGCUGUGCAUUUUGAGUACCAACGCUUGAUGCAGUUUCUUCUAGGUUUGAAUGAAUCUUACAAUCAGUGCAGGAGCCAGAUUAUGAUGAUGGAUCCUGCACCCAGUGUUAACAAAGCCUACUCUCUAGUAAUUGCUGAGGAGAGUCAGAGGAUACUUGGUAAGGCUAACUCUGUUGGUGAUGUUUCUCCUCCAACUGGUAAUUUGAAUGAAGCAUUAGCUUUAUUCAGUGGGAACAAUACACACCAGAGCUUCUCAGGUUCUACUACAAGAGGAUCAAGCUUUGGUGGAGCAGGAUCAGGAUCUGGUCACAUACGAGCUCAGUGUUAUAAGCUCCAUGGCUAUCCUGCUGAUUGGAAGGGCAGGAGAAGGCCUUCCCCUAGUUCAGCUAAUCUUGUAGGUUCCACUAACUGCCCUGGUGCUCCUCCAGGUGGUGGUAACUCUACUACUGGUGUCUCACAUACUUUUAUAACUAACAUUCCACCUGCAGCUUUGUAUCAGCAGUCUCAUUCAUCUCCACAACCUUAG